ACAAAUUGGAGCUUAUUCAAUCAUCCGAGCGUCACUUUUCUUCUAUUCAAUUACCGUCACUCGCGAUCUCUCCGGGCGGUGGUGGCGAUCUGGAUUGCUCACUUCUAAGCGACGACCGGACCUCACCCGCCCAGGAGACCUUUAUUAAGUAUCACUUCGUCCGAAUAUAAGAGUUCAUAAUCGACCCCAUACAGUGCAUAAGUCUCAUAAAAGAGCGGUCUGGCUAUGGCAACUCUUGCAAUAUUUCGCUCCACGCGAGCUUUCUCUCCACGACAAAGCUUCCAAAGAUGCCUAAUUGGUUUCAUAGAACCUCGCCGGAACAUGUCCUCCUACCUAGUGACUCCCGCUGAGCUGGCAGAUGCUCUGAAGAAAAGUCCGCCAUCACCUAUCAGUCCCGAGCCCCGAGUUAUUCCCCUAUGCGCCUCAUGGUUCCUACCAAAUGACGAGCGAAAGGGUAUUGACGUCUUCAUCGAGAAGCGAAUACCAAAGGCCCGCUUCUUUGAUCUCGAUAAGGUCAGCGAUAAACGGAGCCCAUAUCCCCAUAUGCUACCGAGCGCCAAGACAUUCGCAGAAGCAAUGAGCUCUCUUGGUAUUCGAAAGGCCGAUACAGUAGUUGUCUACGACUCAAAAGAGCUGGGCAUUUUCAGUGCGCCAAGAGUAGCAUGGACUCUUAGGGUAUUUGGUCACCCCAGCGUACAUAUUUUGAACAACUUCAAGUUGUGGGUAGAGUCUGGCCUUCCCACAGAGUCGGGAGAACUCUACAGCGUAGAAUGCAACCCGUACCCGAUUCCCAAGAUAGACGAAACCCACGUCGCAACCUUCGAACAGGUGCGGGAGGUUGCCCUAGAGCAUAACAAGGAAGGCUCCGAAGGAGUUCAGAUUAUCGAUGCAAGACCUGCUGGCAGAUUUAGCGGCAAGGAUCCCGAGCCCAGAGAGGGUCUCUCGUCCGGCCAUAUGCCGGGUUCUAUCAACAUUCCUUUCAGUGCCGUUCUCGACCCCGAGACCAAAGCAUUCUUGCCCAAGGAGCAACUACAGAAGUUAUUUGAGGAGAAGGGGGUAGAUCCGAACAAGCCGAUCAUAUCGACAUGUGGCACCGGAGUAACAGCAGCUGUCAUCGAUACUGCUCUCGAGGUGGCAGGGUAUGGUUCUUUUGAGACUCGGCGGAUCUAUGAUGGCAGUUGGACUGAGUGGGCGCAACGAGCCAAUCCUUCGGAUUCAUUAAUCCGCAAGAACGAGUAGGGGAUUGUGGAUUGUGUUGCGGACAGAAUGAUGAUGAGAUACCCCCCCUUCUCAGGAAUUCGUCGUGCUUAUAUUGCCUUCAAAUAUACUCUGCGCACUUCGUCCUCCCUUUGCAUCGUUUACAUUGAGCAUGAAUUACGCAUUAUUUACUCCACUUACUCCUAUUGGAAUUAUCAGGUUGGACUUGGGAUGUUUUCGGUUACUAAAAUCCGAAUGCCUAUUGUAAAUAUAGCCUGGAUCUGGGUGCAACUACGAGGUUAUCCACAGUUAUCACGACAUGGCCUAGGUGACAGGCUCAGUAUCGGCGUAUGAGGUUAGAUCACGGUAAUGAAACUCGACAUUUGUACGAGAUAUGUGCAUCGUGUCAUGUCUGACUACCUAAGUUAGGUAGUUAUAACUAGUAACUCUUACAUAUAAUAUCUCGUCAAGUUUCUAAUCUAGACUUAUAGGUUAUUCUCGAUACGAGCACGACCUAACAAUGCCUUACCCAGGGAGACUCAUCUCUGCGUAGCUUAAUUCAUAUUAAUAUUUACCUAGGCU